AUGCUAUCGACGUGUCCACCGUGGGAGACCGCGCCGGCGGUACGACUGAAGGGUUCGACCACGGCAUUCCUCUCCGCUGGUCAUUUAGAGCACAACCCUGCCAUCAACGUCAUUGCGUUGUCUACUACUCACGGAUCUACCAUUAGCGUCACUUUUGCUUGCGUUUUCAAGGUCUCCGAGGGAUCAAGCGGUACGAAGAACUUGGACGAGCUGUUUCAUGAUCAGCCCCUUGACUUUUUCAUCAUGUUCUCGUCCCUUGUCAGUAUUGUCGGUAACCGUGGUCAGUCCAACCAUGUCGCGGCAAACUUGUUCUUGUCCACCAUUGCCGAGCAGCGGAGGCGAAGAGGGCUUGCGGCAUCUGUCAUCCACAUUGGCAUGGUGUUGGGAGUUGGCUACGUGUCAUCAACUGGCGUCUACGAGAGGACCUUGCGCCAAUACAAUUACAUGCCAAUCACGGAGCAGGACUUGCUCGAUAUAUUUUCCGAGGCGAUCGUGGUUGGCCGGCUGGAGUCUGAGAACUCACCAGAUCUCAUUACCAGCUUGAACCGCUACAGCCGACGUGAAGAUGUCCAUCGACCAUUUUGGCUCGAGGAUCUAAAGUUCUGCCGUCAUACGCUCAGCGAAGUCCGCCAGGCCGAAUCCACAACGACAAGCAACAUGUCACUGGCGCAGCGGCUCGCCCAGGCAACAAGCUCUGAGGAAGCUGAGGGACUCAUUCAGGAAAGUUUCUGCACCAAGCUUGAGAGGAUGCUACAAGCAGCCAAGGGAUCUAUCCAGGUGUCGCAAUCACUAAUGAACCUGGGUGUCGAUUCCCUGGUUGCUGUAGAGAUUGGUUCUUGGUUCUUGAAGGAGCUAGAUGUUGACGUGCCAGUUCUCAAGAUCCUCAGCGGGGCCUCAGUGACGGAUCUCUCCAAAAAGGCUGCCAGCAAGGUAGCGUUUGGUUCUGGAGCAAGCAAUGACGUGACUCCACCAACGAUUGUCGCUGAAAAGGUCUACUCCCCCCAUUCAAUUACGCCGUCUGUUUUCGACGAAUCGAGAUCACGAGCCGUCUUCGGAUCAACGAUUUUCGAGUUGCUUUCCAAGACGAACGUCCCAUUGAAGGCUGAUUUUUCGGAUGUGACUUUUGAUCUUGACUACAAGACGGGCACAACAGUGCAGCGUGAGUUUUCGAAUAUACGCAAUCAUGCAUUCGACCUUGAGAACGGAGAAAACAUGAGGGCUGUUAUCAUUGCAGAGUCACACUCCAAGCACUUCUUCAUACUCGGCUUCCAUCACCUUGCUUUUGAUGGAUUCAGCGCCCAAAUGUUGGUUAAGUAUUUGGCAAUGGCCUAUGUAGGACUACCUUUGAGCCAUCUGAAGCACUGGUAUAUUGACUUCGCCAACAGGGAAAAGACGCUCACAUGGAGUGAUGAUCUUGAGUACCGGAACCCUGUGUAUUCUGGACUGCUGGAGACCUUGCCAUUGUUCGGUUUACUGAGACCAAGGCUCGCAUCCCUUUUACCGAAUCAAAUCAACACCGAUCAUGAUUUGCAGACUAUCUUCGCUACUUACACACAUCUCCUUGAUGUCUUGUCGCGCGAGCUCAACAUGAAUGUGAACGCGGUUGAGCUUUCUCCCCCCACAAGUCAAGAUCUCAGCCUACAGCUUGCUUGUGGCGAGACAUAUCAUGAUAUAAACAAGCCACUUGUUCGGCGAUUUGAAACUUCUGCGUCGCUGGUUUCCAUCUCCAAGGCUGCCUCGGGGACUGCACCGGUUGAUGCUGCACUGGUUGAUGCUGCACUGGUUGAUCCAGGUUCUACCGGUUAUAUCCUAUAUACAAGUGGUACGAUCGGCAUUCCAAAGGGAGUCAUGCUUUCCCACUCCAAUCUCAUCUACCACAUCGCCGGUGUUUAUAAAAAGCACGGCCUGGAACAGGACAUAGUUUUGCAGCUCUCUUCGCUUGGAUUUGAUCUGUCUCUGACGCAGAUAUGCCAGGCCUUCUUCUCCGGCAGCACCCUUGUCAUUGCUUUGAAGGAUACUCGACAAGAUCCCGUGCAAAUUGUCAAACUCAUGCUUGAUGAAAAGAUUUACCUACACUCGGAUGACAUCAACUGA